ACCCUCUCCGUUUCUCACUCUCUCAUUGUCUCUCUCUCACAAUAUCUCAUGAUGGAGGAGCGACGUCCCCACCAAAACCAUUCCAUCACCUUCUCCAACUCCACCACCUCUGCAUUCCUACGUAAAAUCAAAGACCAUGCACCAACCCUCCUCAUCUCAGGCUCCAUCUUGCUCCUCCUCACUGGCCUCACUGUCACUGCCACAGUCCUCUGCAUCAUCUUCUUCUCCCCAUUAAUCCUUUUCACGAGCCCCAUAUGGUUCCCCAUUGUGGCAUUCCUCCUUGUUGUAACCGCAGGGUUCAUGUCCCUGUGUGGCUUUGGUGUUGCCCUUGCGGCCGGUCUGUCAUGGAUAUACCGCUACUUCCGUGGGAUGCACCCGCCCGGUUCGGACCGGUUCGACAAUGGGAGGAGCUUGAUUUACGACACUGCCUCUGCAGCUCAGUGCGAUGUGCGCAGGCCCUGCAGGGAACUGGCUUGAGCGGCUUGGAAGAUUUCUGGACCGAACCAGACCGGGUUUUCUUGCAUGGAUUUUUAAUUUUCUUUCUUUAAAUGCCCUUUUGUGUUCAAUGAGAUUUUCUUUGUAAGUAUGGAACUUGGGUUUAUCAAUUAAAAAAAAAAAAAAGUCACAAAUUAAUAUUA